AUUAGCCACAUGAUUACAACAUCCAAUACUAAGAUUAAUUCAAUGUAUAUGUGCGUGUGUGUGUGUGUAUAUAUAGCAGCCUGCGGUGGAGAGCAAAAGAAAGGGAGCUAUGGCAACAUACUGUGUUACCGGAGCUACUGGUUUUAUAGGGUCUUGGCUGGUGAAGACCCUCCUGGAGAAAGGCCAUAUGGUUCAUGCAACAGUCCGUGAUCCUGCCAAGUGUUUGCAGCUAUUAUCAUUGUGGACAAGCACUGAUCGGUUGAGAUUGUUCCGAGCUGAUUUGCGACAAGAAGGAAGCUUCGACGAGGCUGUGAAGGGCUGUGACGGCGUAUUUCACGUUGCAGCAUCAAUGGAAUUCAGUGUUACCGUAACAGAAAACAUUGAGAGCUAUGUUCAAUCAAAUACCAUUGAGCCUGCAAUCAAAGGAACCAUAGACCUCCUCCAAUCCUGUGUGAAUUCUGGAACGGUGAAAAGGGUUGUACUCACCUCUUCCAUUAGUACCAUCAUUGCCAAAGAUGGCAACGGAAAUGCAAGAGCUGUUGUUGAUGAGUCUUGCCAAACUCCAGUUGAUCAAGUUCUAAGUGCAAAAGCAAGUGGAUGGGUUUAUGUACUUUCCAAGAUUCUCACAGAGGAAGCAGCAUUCAGAUUUGCAAGUGAUAAUGGGAUUAAUCUUGUAUCAGUCAUAACAAGUACUGUUGGGGGCAAUUUUCUCACUUCCAAGGUUCCAUCAAGCAUUCAAGUUCUCUUAUCUCCAAUAACUGGUGACUCUGAACUUUAUGGCAUCUUAUCUGCGGUAAAUGCAAGGAUGGGAUCAAUUGCUUUAGUUCAUGUUGAAGAUAUAUGCAAUGCCCACAUCUUUUUAAUGGAGCACACCAAAGCGGAAGGUCGUUACAUAUGCGUUGCCCAAAGUUGUCCAAUAUCUAAGUUGCUUAACUAUCUAGCUCAGGCGUAUCCUUGCUCAAAUUCAAACAGGUACAGAGUGAUUGAGGAAGAAAAUGAUGUAGUACCCUAUUCCGAGAUCUCUUCAAAGAAGCUAACAGAUUUGGGAUUCACUUACAAGCAUGGAAUUGAAGAUAUGGUUCACCAGACAGUUUCUUGUUGUGUAGAUUAUGGCUUUCUACCUCCUAUUUAGAGUUUAGAGUUUUUCUACGUUGUGGUUAAUAACUUCUUUUUUUUUUUUUUUAAAUGUGAACAUAUCGUCGGUGUUGUUCAUAAUUAUAUCAUUAAUACUAUGAACUUACAGUUGUCAACGUAUGGUCGACAUGAUUGUCAGUACAUUGUGAUAUUUUAACUGCAAGUGCGCCUAACCGCAAUUUAGAAAGAUGGUUUAAUUAAACUAAA